GAACAAAAGCUUUUGGUGUUUUGCCAGAUCUCACAUGCAGGGUUUGCAACCUCUUCUAUGAGGUGGAGUGGGUGAGGGGAGCAGAAAUCCAGUCUGCCAGGGGGAGAGAGCAAGGGAGGGAUGUGCCCUGGAAGGGCAGCGUCCUUGUGCUGUCUGAGCAGCGCGGUGCAGGAAUUCAGACAGUGCCAGGUGAGGAGGGGCUGUGACUGCACUGCUCCCUUCCACAGAAGGUUGUUGGCAAAGCCCCCACCGUGCCAGGACAGAGCAGCUGCUGGUGGAGGGCACUUCCCAGGGAUGUGGGCUCUUCUCAAGUUCCCUGGCACAAAGCUGUGGAGCACAAUGGUAACGCUUGAACAUGGCUGAGUGCUUUGCAGGGAUCCCUGCUAGCAGGAGACAAUCAGGGUGGGCUUGCAGAUGCAAUGCUGCUGCUUAUGGGUGGUGAAGAUUAUUUACUGAGUUCCAAGAUUUAUACAGCCCAGGUUUUGAAUUGAUGCUGUCUGCUUAGGAAUAAAAAUACAAAAGGUAUUACCCUUUGUGUAACUGAGACUGCUUGUCAGAAAAAUAUUAGUUGCACAUUUUAACUCCAGUCUUGUGCUGGGCUGACAGACACUUGAGCAGCAAAUUCAGUCCGCUUGUAAAGAUUUGUGCCCCAAAGAAAACAGAACAGCUGAUGUAAAACAGCUUCAUCCAGAAAUUGCUCCUAUCACCGAAGUUUUAAGAUAUAAAAAAUGCAGCCAAACAUCAUUCAUCAAGCACAGACCAAAAAUGCACUGCCCAGCUUAUCAGAUAAGGGUGUAGAACAAAAAACAAAGCAAAUCUUAAUGCUACCUAAGUCUUUGGUUAUGUCUGUUCCUGGCCUGCUGGGACAGUUUCUUAAAAUUUGCCCAGGUGCAGACCUCAAAAGCAGGUUCUGGUGACCUGGUCUUUCCCAAGUAACCUGUGUUGAUAUUGUAAGAAGCCCAGAGGAAGGGUAGAUUAUCUGGUGUUACUGACACUAACUGACACAGCCUUUUGCUUCCUUGAUGGGGCUCUUGUGAUUGGGAAUCUCAGGCUCUUACGGGAUAUCUACUUGUAUCUUUGGGGAAAUACAGGAUCCCACCAGAUGAGUCAGUCUGCCUGGUGCUUCUUUUUUUUUUUUUUUUUUUUUUACUCUUUCAUGUACUACAUUGUACCUAGACCAGGUGGGAAAGUCUGCAUGGGCAGAGGAUGCUAGAGACAGUCAGCAUAGAACUUGGUAAUUUAUUUUCAUUACUGAGAAAGGUAAAGUUUCCAUCUUGCACUCAUCUCUGGUUCCCCAGGUAAGUGUUGUUUGGUGGUCUAUAAGGGUCAUUUAACUUGGUUUUAACUGUGUGAUCUGCAUAGUUCUGUGACAAAACUAAACACUACUAGUCUUCUAGGCAAUUUGUGUUUUUUAAAACGUGUGCUCUGAACAAAAUGCACCCAAUGUUGAUUGGCUGUGAGCGAAGUGUGCUGUUCUGUCACCAGAGUGGGGUGGGGGGUGUAUGCAGCUCUGUGGGGACAGGGGAAAAUGCUCUCUCAGCUGCAAGAGUGAGGGAUGACCCUGAGUGAGGGGAAUGUCAGAGGAUGGGAAAGGGAGCACUGAAACCAUGCAGGAGUUCUCUGCAAGGCUGAAUUUCAAGGAAGAGCAGGAAGGGGUCUAAGGAAUAAUUACCUUCUAUGUUUUUACUUCCCUUGUAAUGCACUGUUUUCCAUCCUUGUGCCUGUUCCUACCUGCCCUUUGGCUUUAAGCUUUGAUUAAAAAAACUUACCUGUGGCUUGUUUAAAAACCCGCUUAGUGCCAAGGGCUCAGGUGGAACCAGUGAGUGGAGGUGCAGUGCUGGAGAUGUGCAAGGAGCCAGGGGCUGGACAGGGUUGUGCUGCUGCUCUAGGGAGGCAGCUGGGUUGUGCUGUUGGGUCUGGGCAGCACCUGGUGACAACAGGCUGGCUGUGAGGCCACUUUGCUGUUUUCUUAGCUAUGUCCUGUCUCCAUUUCUACCCUUCAGGCUACUCUGCUGCCCUGCCCUGCCUGGGGGCUUUGCCUCACAGCCAGUGACAGGGUAGUGCUGCCAGAGGGGUGUCCUUGUCAGCCUCUUGGCCACAGUCAUGAGGUCAUAAGGCUUCCCAGAAUAGAGCAGCUGAGACCUGAGCUGUGCCCAGCCUGGGCCAAGCAGUGAUAGGACCUGUCCUCCCUGCCUGCAGGGCAGCUGGAGCAGGGGGCCCUGGUGGGGCUGUGGCUGGAGGCAGCAGCAGAGAGUCUGGGCUGGUGUCAUGGGGAGCAGCCCGCGCAGAGAAGGCAGGAGCCAGGAGGCCAUUCGUACACGUACGGUGGGUGGUCCUGCCCAGGACUACUGGCAGGCCCUGCUGAGGGGGGAUCAGGAGGUUGUGGCCAAGAUCCUCAGCGACCCUCAGAACAACCUGAGUUCCAAUGCUGUCUUUGACACCAGUGACCUGGAAGAAUGGAAAAACUACCGCUUCAACAUCCGCCGGCUGAGACUGUGGUCUCUGAGCUACGAGCAGGAGCUGACCACGCCGCUGCUGAUCACGGCCAGCCGGGGCUACACCGAGUGCCUGCGGCUGCUGCUGCUGCGCGGGGCGGACCCGGGGCUGGCCCCGGGCGGCCGCUCGGCCCUGCACCAGGCUUGUGCCGCCGCCCGCCCCGCCUGCGCCCGCCUGCUGCUCGCCUUCGGGGCGGACCCGCAGGCGGGCUCCGAGGACGGCUACAAGCCCCUGCAUCUCUGCAAGAGCCCGGACUCCCUCGAGUGUGUGCAGCAGCUGCUGCAGCACGGAGCCAGCGUGAACAGCCGGACGGAGGAGGAGGGUGACACGGCCCUGCACAUCGCGGCGCGGCACGGGCUGCCCCGCCACGUCCAGCUGCUGCUGCGCUGCGGGGCAGAGCUGGAGGCGGAGAACAAGGAGGGGCAGACCCCGCUGAACGCUGCCUGUGCUCAGCCCCACCAGCCGCAGGACACGGACCGCUACUACCAGGUCUGCCGGCUGCUGGUGGACAGCGGCGCCUGCAUCAACGCGGCCGACCGGGACCGGCAGCGCCCGCUGCAUCUGGCCUGCAAGAACAGCAACGCGGCGGUGGCGGAGCUGCUGCUGGCCCGGGGGGCCAGCGUCAACGUCAUGACCUACGGCGGCAGCACAGCGCUGCACCACAUCCUGCAGGCAGCUGCCUACAAGCUGGAGCAGCACCCCGAGCUGGUGGUGCGAGCCCUGCUCAACCACGGCGCCGUCCGCGUCUGGCCCGGAGCGCUCCUGAAGGUGCUGCGGUGCUGCCACUCCUGCCCCCGCCUCAUCGAGGCCCUGAUCAACAGCUACGACCGCGUGCGUGUCUCUGCCGACUGGGUGGGAGCGGUGCCGGCGGAGGUGGUGCAGAAAUACCCACGUUUCUACCAAUCCCUCUUCUCCCUGGAGCACAGACCUCGCUCCUUGCAGCACCUGGCCCGCUGCACGCUCAGGACCUUCCUGGAGGGACGGUUGCUUCUGGUCCUGCCUCAGCUGCACCUGCCGAGUGCCUUGCACCGCUUCCUGCUGCUCGACUUCGAGGAUGUUCUCUACUAAGGGCUGCAGUUCCAGCCCUACCCUGCAUUUCUGUGCAGAUGUUCCAUCCCUGCUGGAGCAGUCUGAGCCUUCCCAGCUCACCUCUGCCCCUCGCACACCUCCUCCUAGGCCACGUCAGCCCCCUGUGCCAAACGUGUUGCUGUGUCCCUUCCUUGUGCCCUGCCUUGUGCACCUGUUCUGGAGCAUUCUGUUUACCUGUGCUGACCAGAACAAACUCCAGACUCACUAAGAAAAGCAAGAUGUGGGGACUAGGGCAUUUUGUGGGAUAAGGAGCACUUACACUGCAUUGGUCAGUUUUAGUUGUUGGGUAUCAGUCUCCCAAAUUACAAACCUGACCCUCAACCAGGCAGCUCUGGUGCCCUGGAUAUUUGUUGGGAUCUGUCUUUAGGCAAGUUUUUUACAGUUUGUAACCAAAGCUGUUUGGAAUAAACUCUAGUCUUUCUCUAUA